AUGCGUUUAACCUGUUUAGUAUUGGUAGCACUGGUGUGUGUGAUUGUUGUCGAAUCAGAUAAACAGCCACACAUUGUGUUGAUAUUAGCAGAGGAUUUAGGGUGGAAUGCUGUUGGAUGGCACAAUCCAGAUCUCAAGAUGCCUAUUCUCAAUCAACUCGCCGCCGAUGGCGUCAUAUUCAACCAAUCAUACGUCCAGCCUACGUGUACACCAUCAAGAUCUGCUCUAUUUACCGGUUAUUAUCCGUUCAAAAUUCAAAGACAGCAUCAAUUUCUACUCAACCUUGAAGCUGACGGGCUUUCUUUAGAUCUUAAGAUAUUGCCAGAAAUGUUGAAAGAUGUUGGAUGGAAUUUAGGAUUUUGUAAGGAGGAGUAUCUGCCUAAUCAACGUGGUUUUGAUUCUUUCUAUGGUUCGCUGACAUCGGGAACCAGCUUCUAUAGUAAACAGACUAGUGAAUUGGGUUUAGGGUAUGAUUUUCGCGACAACACCGGAGUGGUACAGGAAAGUGACACUUAUCUCCCAUCCAUGCUUGCUGAAAGAGCAGUAGAUAUAGUAAUGGGACAUUACAAGGAAUAUCCACUAUUUCUUGAGUUCAGUAUGGCCUUACCUGGAAAGGCUCUUGAGGUACCCCAGGAAUAUGAAGAUUUGUAUUCCGAUAUCGAAAAUGAUCGAACCAGGACGUUGUAUGCAAAAUUUUCUGCAAUGGAUAAUUCAAUUGGCCGUUUGGUGGAUGCGUUGAAGACACGUGGAAUGUGGGAUGAUACGCUAUUUAUAUUCACAUCUGACAAUGGAGCGGCAGCGUCUAUAUCCGGGUCCAAUUGGCCAUUACGGGGCACUAUUGGAACACUCUUUGAAGGUUGUACUCGUAUACCAACAUUUUUCCAUGGGAGUAUGUUGAAAAAGACUGGAUACGUAAAUAACGAGUUAAUUCACAUUGUUGAUUUGCAAAAAACAAUAAUUGAAUUGGCUGGGGCUAAAACUGAGUCUGAUAUUGAUGGUAUGGAUAUGUGGAAGACAAUCUCAAAAGGUGAACCAUCGCCGAGAACGGAAUUUGUAUAUAAUAUCGAUGAUAACGAGCUGUCCCCUGGUGCUGCCAUCAGGGUCGGGGAUUAUAAACUGAUUACAGGAAAUCCGAAUUUAGUUUAUCCAUUACGAUUGUUGAACAGCUCAGCUGAUUGGUGGAACUAUGGUGACGAUCCAAUAACUCGAAUUCCGAAUUCUCCUCUUCCACCUCCAGCAAACGUGACAUACUUGUUCAAUAUCAUAGAUGAUCCAGAGGAAAGAAACAAUCUCGCCGAAGUAUAUCCAAACAAAGUAGAAGAAUUACGGCAUCGCUUGGAUGAAUACCGUGAAAAUCUAGUUCCUCCAGUCGAUCGAAUAAUUGACCCAGCCGGUAACCCCGUGAAUUUUGGUGGUGUUUGGUCGCCAGGCUGGUGUUAG